GGAUAGAGGGGAGGAAUCAGGAGCUUGGAAAUUCAGCCAAGUGAUCUGGUGGGAUGGGCAUUUGCCUGACAUACUAUAUAGAGGACUUGGAUGGCAUAAGUGAUUAAGGUGGUGUGGAGGGUAUUUGAAGCUUACGAAAGGUAGAAACUCAACCAUGAUUUCUUUUUCAACUCUACAGCAUUCCCUUCCUUGAAGUCUUCAUUUUUAUCUUAGUCUCAGGCAGUUAUACUUAAGCAUGAACAUUGACGACAAACUGGAAGGAUUAUUUCUUAAAUGUGGCGGCAUAGACGAAAUGCAGUCUUCCAGGGCAAUGGUUGUAAUGGGUGGAGUGUCUGGCCAGUCUACCGUGUCUGGGGAACUGCAGGAGUCGGUACUUCAAGAUCGGAGUAUGCCUCACCAGGAGAUCCUUGCUGCAGAUGAAGUGUUACAAGAAAGCGAAAUGAGACAACAGGAUAUGAUAUCACAUGAUGAACUCAUGGUCCAUGAGGAGACAGUGAAAAAUGAUGAAGAGCAGAUGGAAACACAUGAAAGACUUCCUCAAGGACUACAGUAUGCACUUAAUGUCCCUAUAAGUGUAAAGCAGGAAAUUACUUUUACUGAUGUGUCUGAGCAACUGAUGAGAGACAAAAAGCAAAUCAGAGAGCCAGUAGACUUACAGAAAAAGAAGAAACGGAAACAACGUUCUCCUGCAAAAAUCCUUACAAUAAAUGAGGAUGGAUCACUUGGUUUGAAAACCCCUAAAUCUCACGUUUGUGAGCACUGCAAUGCUGCCUUUAGAACGAACUAUCACUUACAGAGACAUGUGUUCAUUCAUACAGGUGAAAAACCAUUUCAAUGUAGUCAAUGUGACAUGCGUUUCAUACAGAAGUACCUGCUACAGAGACAUGAGAAGAUUCAUACUGGUGAAAAACCAUUUCGCUGUGAUGAAUGUGGUAUGAGAUUCAUACAAAAAUAUCACAUGGAAAGGCAUAAGAGAACUCAUAGUGGAGAAAAACCUUACCAGUGUGAAUACUGUUUACAGUAUUUUUCCAGAACAGAUCGUGUAUUGAAACAUAAACGUAUGUGCCAUGAAAAUCAUGACAAAAAGCUAAACAGAUGUGCCAUCAAAGGUGGCCUUCUGACAUCUGAGGAAGAUUCUGGCUUUUCUACAUCACCAAAAGAUAACUCACUGCCAAAAAAGAAAAGGCAGAAAACUGAGAAAAAAUCAUCUGGGAUGGACAAAGAAAGUGCUUUGGACAAAUCUGACCUGAAGAAAGACAAAAAUGAUUACCUGCCCCUUUAUUCUUCAAGUACUAAAGUAAAAGAUGAGUAUAUGGUAGCAGAGUAUGCUGUUGAAAUGCCACAUUCUUCAGUUGGGGGAUCGCAUUUAGAAGAUGCAUCAGGAGAAAUACAUCCACCUAAGUUGGUUCUCAAAAAAAUUAAUAGUAAGAGAAGUCUGAAGCAGCCAUUGGAGCAGAAUCAAACAAUUUCUCCCUUAUCCACAUAUGAAGAGAGCAAAGUUUCAAAGUAUGCUUUUGAACUUGUGGAUAAACAAGCUUUACUGGACUCAGAGGGCAAUGCUGAUAUUGAUCAGGUCGAUAAUUUGCAGGAGGGGCCCAGUAAACCUGUGCACAGUAGUACUAAUUAUGAUGAUGCCAUGCAGUUUUUGAAGAAGAAACGAUACCUUCAAGCAGCAAGUAACAAUAGUAGGGAGUAUGCGCUGAAUGUGGGCACCAUAGCUUCUCAGCCUUCUGUAACACAAGCAGCUGUGGCAAGUGUCAUUGAUGAAAGUACUACGGCAUCCAUAUUAGAUUCACAGGCACUGAAUGUGGAGAUUAAGAGUAACCAUGACAAAAAUGUUAUUCCAGAUGAGGUACUGCAGACUCUCUUGGAUCAUUACUCUCAUAAAGCUAAUGGACAGCAUGAGAUAUCAUUCAGUGUUGCAGACACUGAGGUGACUUCUAGCAUAUCAAUAAAUUCUUCAGAAGUACCUGAGGUCACCCAGGCAGAGAAUGUUGGAUCAAGCUCCCAAGCAUCCUCAUCAGAUAAAGCCAACAUGUUGCAGGAAUACUCAAAGUUUCUGCAGCAGGCUUUGGACAGAACUAGCCAAAAUGAUGCCUAUUUGAAUAGCCCGAGCCUUAACUUUGUGACUGAUAACCAGACCCUUCCAAAUCAGCCAGCAUUCUCUUCCAUAGACAAGCAAGUCUAUGCAGCCAUGCCCAUCAAUAGCUUUCGAUCAGGAAUGAAUUCUCCACUAAGAACAACUCCAGAUAAGUCCCACUUUGGACUAAUAGUUGGUGAUUCACAGCACUCAUUUCCCUUUUCAGGUGAUGAGACAAACCAUGCUUCUGCCACAUCAACACAGGACUUUUUGGAUCAAGUGACUUCUCAGAAAAAAGCUGAGGCUCAGCCUGUCCACCAAGCUUACCAAAUGAGCUCCUUUGAACAGCCCUUCCGCGCUCCAUAUCAUGGAUCAAGAGCUGGAAUAGCUACUCAGUUUAGCACUGCCAAUGGACAGGUGAACCUUCGGGGACCAGGGACAAGUGCUGAAUUUCCAGAAUUUCCCUUGGUGAAUGUAAAUGAUAAUAGAGCUGGGAUGACAUCUUCACCUGAUGCUACAACUGGCCAGACCUUUGGCUAAAAAAAAGUGUAAAUAAUACUGGCACUUUAGAACAGAUUAAUCAAGAGUGGGGUUACUCUGUGUAAAUGGAGUGCUGUACAGAUUUAAGAGCAAUGCGUUAUAACAAGUUAAGCUGAUAUGAAUAGCAAGAUAAUCCAAUAACUGCAUUUUGUUUGGUUAGUCAGCAUUCUUUGAACUGCCUUACAUGUUGUCACCUUUAUAGAAGCAAUGCAUUACUUGUUUUAGAACAGAAACUUGCUAUUCCACCUAC